CAUAUAUACUUCCCUUGUCCUUGUCCCGGUCUUUGUUUCUCUAGAUACGAUAGCUACCAUGACAGUCCUCAAAGUGGCUUGUUUCCUCAACACCCAUCCGUCGUCCGGCGAUCUCGGUAUGGACUACGAUCAGUGGCACAAGGCCUACCGUACAUUCUUGCUCCACUCCAUCAUUGCCAGUGGCCAUGCCAUUGAGCUAGACUACCAUGCCUUUGAUCCAAUCAAGGCACAAGUCUAUCCCUCUACAGAUGAUUUGAACUCGUUUGAUCUCAUCUUGUUGACAGGCGGCACAGAUCACUUGUAUCAAGACAUUCCAUGGGUUGCAAAGAUGGUCUCGUUCCUACAAGAUGUUGUACAAAAUCAUACAUGCAAGGUUAUCGCCAUCUGCUGGGGUUUCCAGGCUGUGGCUGCUGCAUGUGGUGGGCAAGUCAUGGAAAAUACCAAAGGUCUUGAAGUAGGCAUCACGCCCGUCACUUUGAAUGAGAAAGGCUCUGCGUUCUUUCAUCGCGGACCACAACUUCGCAUUCAUCAAGUACAUAAACGCAUCAUCUCGAAAUUGCCAGACGGCUUUCAACUGCUUGGAUCUAGCGAUAAGACGGAGAAUCAAAUUGCUAUGUUGCCUGGCCGUAUUCUCUGCUUCCAGGGACACCCGGAGUUGACGGAAGCCAUCCUUCGUGUCUGCUUAUCCGACACAAGUCAUUUUGGGAAGCAGCCUGUCGAUGAACAACUGGACGAACAUGAUGGUAUUGAGAUUGGAGCACGGCUGGUCGAAUGGCUUGUAAGCGAUACGCCGGUUGUCUAACUUCAGCCUUCAGCACUCCUCAUAUACUGUCCUUUGUAAGUGCAACGAUAUGCUCACCGCUUCAUCUCAGGCCGUCAGUGAGUCUCAUCGCCUACCACCACAUCAAACUUGCACAAGCUCAUUCUUGGGACUCCCCUGGACCUUUUCUUGUACAAUCAACGGCAGAAGUGUCGAUGCCAAGGAGGAUCAUGCUCUCACCAAUUGCACGCGAAAGUAUAUGUAAAGAGAAAGAUUUGAACUGAGCUUACGAAUACUGUUGAGAAUCAUGAUAGACAGUCAUCUAGACUAAGUCAAUCAGGAAAUAAGAUGGAAAUUGUUGUG